AUGCUGAGGUUUAUCUGCUUCCUCACUCUCUUCUGGAACGCUAACUCUGGAUUAGCUCCGUUCAUCAAGCCUUGCAAGGAUGGAGACAACGCAUGUAUCCAAGCGUCCAGCCAAGCAGCCAUCCCAUUCUUUGCACCGGGUUUGCCGGACCUCGGUGUCAAGCCUCUGGACCCGUUGAAAAUACCCCUAAUUAAAAGCGAGCAAGGCGGUUUGGAGCUGACGUUGAGAGAUACAACGUUAAAUGGUCUCAAAGGAUGUAAGAUAGAAAGCAUCAAGCACGAACGUAUCAAAGGCAAACAAACGUUAGUCCUCCGAUGCAGCAUGAAUUUGAAAGGCAACUAUAAUCUAGAUGGACGGCUGAUACUCCUACCUGUGCAAGGUCAAGGCAAAUACAGUUUUAAAAUACAGGACAUUGUAAUAAAGAUCAUAACUGACUUCACUACGGAACAAGGAGAAGAUGGAAAACCUCACUUUAAAAUACUCAAGUGGCGUGACUCCUUCCACGUCAAGACUGGAGCUACCUUCUAUUUUGACAACUUAUUCAAUGGAAACAAGGUUCUUGCUGACCCAGUGAUAGAGUUCGCAAACGCAAACUGGAACGACGUAAUGCAAGAAAUCGCACCUCCAAUUGUUCACGCCAUUAUCGCUGAAUUGUAUAAAAACUUUGAAGCCUUCUAUAAGGUUGUACCAGCCGAAGAAUUGUAUAUUCCUUAA